GGCAUGAGCUCUGCUGGGACCCUGCCCUGGCUUAGCCAGCAGCUGUGGGCGGGCCCCUGGCCUUUUCCAACCCCAGAGCCUCCCCCUGCAUUCUGGAGUCCGGAGCUGUUGCCUCUGCUGUCGCUGCCGCUGCUGCCACCGCCACUGCCCUUGAUCGCUCACUGCUCCCCCGCCCAGCUGCCCUUCUCACCUGGCCAUGCGCACAGUGCCCCUGGGGACUCCAGCCCAGCUCUGAGCCCUGGGACCCUCAGCCCCCUCUCCCCCAGGGCCAUGGCCAACUCGGGCCUCCAGCUCCUGGGGUACUUCCUGGCCCUGGGCGGCUGGGUGGGCAUCAUCGCCAGCACGGCACUGCCGCAAUGGAAGCAGUCCUCCUACGCGGGCGACGCCAUCAUCACUGCCGUGGGCCUCUACGAAGGGCUGUGGAUGUCCUGCGCCUCCCAGAGCACCGGCCAGGUGCAGUGCAAGCUCUACGACUCGCUGCUUGCCCUGGACGGUCACAUCCAGUCUGCGCGAGCCCUGAUGGUGGUGGCUGUGCUCCUGGGCUUCGUGGCCAUGGUCCUCAGUGUGGUCGGCAUGAAGUGCACGCGCGUCGGGGACAGCAACCCCAUCGCUAAGGGCCGUGUGGCCAUCGCCGGGGGCGCCCUAUUCCUCCUGGCAGGCCUCUGCACCCUGACGGCCGUCUCGUGGUAUGCCACCCUGGUGACCCGGGAGUUCUUCAACCCCAGCACGCCUGUCAACGCCAGGUAUGAAUUUGGCCCCGCCCUGUUCGUGGGCUGGGCCUCGGCUGGCCUGGCCAUGCUGGGAGGCUCCUUCCUCUGCUGCACGUGCCCUGAGCCCGAGAGAGCCAACAGCAGCCCGCAGCCCUACCGGCCCGGCCCUUCGGCUGCUGCCCGAGAACCAGUCGUUAAAUUGCCCGCCUCCGCCAAGGGCCCCCUGGGUGUGUAAAAUCCAGAUCCCCAGCCAGGCUCUGUCCCCUGCCACAUCUACACUGUGUGUUUGAUAUUUUAUGGAAAAAGAAGCGACCAUCAGCCCUAA